GCGUAGCAUUGCGCGUUCCUUUCCAUCCGCGUGCCCGUGGGUAAGACCGUGUGUCCACGACGAGGGGAUCCAACAGGGAAGAGAAAUGCCGUCAAAAAUCAUCUUUGAGACUGAAGAACCAGCCAUGGAGGACGACGUGGACACCAUCGCGGAGGCUAAACUCUUAAAGAAAAAGAACAAAGAGGGCAAGAAGCUGAAAAAGAAGAAGCAGUUGGAGGACCAAGAAGAACAGGAGGACCCAGACUGUGAGCCUCCAUCACCCAAGAAGAAAAAGAAAAAAGACAAGCUGGCUGCGGACCAAGUGGACAACCACACAGAAGAGGCCACAGACAUGAAUGGCAACAUUAAUGGUGUUGAAUCACCGAAGAAGAAAAAGAAGAAGAACAACGAAGAAGUAGACACUGAGAAAAAGAAGAAGAAGCAAAAAAAAGCAAUGACAGAGGAAGCAACCAACGGACAUUCCACCCCAAACACCCCGGUUCAGACGCCCAUUCAGACACCGUCACCGUCCAGCGAAGACUCAUCUAGUGACAGUGAAAAAGAAACGGAGCUGACGCCAGAGCAGAAGGAAGGGGCCUUCUCCAACUUCAGGAUCUCACAAGUCACCAUUGAUAAACUCAAAGCUCGGGGAGUGACUUAUCUAUUCGACAUCCAGGUGAAAACCUUCAACCCUGUGUAUGAUGGAGAAGAUGUCAUUGGCCAAGCUCGGACUGGUACAGGAAAGACUUUUUCCUUUGCCAUCCCUUUGGUGGAGAAACUCCAGAAGGAGUCAGUGGCACCUGUCAGAGGCCGGCCACCCAAGGUCCUGGUGUUGGCUCCAACCAGAGAGUUAGCCAUCCAGGUCGCUAAAGACUUUAAAGACAUCUCCAAGAAGCUUUCUCUAGCCUGUUUCUAUGGAGGCAGCUCUUACAACCCUCAGAUUGAUGCUAUCCGUAAUGGUAUCGACAUUUUGGUUGGAACCCCUGGUCGUAUCAAAGACCACCUCCAAAACCACAAGCUUGACCUCUCUCAACUGAAACAUGUCGUUCUGGAUGAAGUGGAUCAAAUGUUGGACAUGGGAUUUGCAGAACAGGUUGAGGAGAUUUUGGCUUCAUCUUAUAACAAAGACUCUGACUCCAACCCACAGACCCUUCUGUUUUCUGCUACCUGCCCCCCCUGGGUCUACGAAGUAGCAAAGAAAUACAUGAGGCCAGGCUGCAAACAUGUCGACCUGAUCGGCAAGAAAACAAAGAAAACCGCGACAACUGUGGAACACCUUGCCAUAGCAUGCCACUGGUCACAGCGGGCAGCCGUGAUAGGCGAUGUGAUCCAAGUUUACAGCGGCAGCCAUGGCAGAACUAUUGUGUUCUGUGAGACAAAGAAAGAGGCCAAUGAGCUGUCCAUGAACACAUCCAUUAAACAGAGUUCCCAAUCCCUGCAUGGAGAUAUUCCUCAGAAACAGAGAGAGAUGACCCUGAAAGGUUUCAGAAAUGGACUUUUUGAGGUUCUGGUGGCCACAAAUGUUGCAGCUCGUGGACUAGACAUCCCUGAAGUUGACCUAGUGGUCCAAUGUUCUCCACCAAAGGAUGUAGAGUCAUACAUCCAUCGUUCAGGAAGAACUGGCAGAGCAGGCAGAACUGGAGUCUGUAUCUGUUUCUACCAGCGAAAAGAAGAGGACCAACUACGCCAUGUAGAAAACAAAGCAGGGAUCACUUUCAGACGGGUUGGCGUUCCCACUGCCAAUGAUAUCAUCAAGUCAUCAAGCAAAGAUGCAGUCAGGUUUCUAGACUCAGUUCCAGUCACAGCUAUCAGUUACUUCAGAGCAUCAGCUGAGAAGCUGAUUGAAGAAAGAGGAGCAGUCGAUGCACUGGCUGCUGCUCUGGCUCAUAUUUCUGGAGCUACAAGCCUUGAGCAGAGGUCACUGCUCAACUCAGAUGCUGGUUACACUACGAUGCAGAUGGUGUGUUCUCAGGAGAUGCAUAAUCUUGGUUAUGCAUGGAGAGCCAUCAAAGAACAGCUCGGAGAACAGUUUGAGAACCACAUUCACAGAAUGACCUUCCUCAAAGGCAAAACAGGAGUGUGCUUUGAUGUCCCAGCUGACAAAGUCAAGGAAAUUCAGGAGAGCUGGAAGGAUGGCCGCCGUUGGAACUUGACUGUAGCUACAGAGCUCCCAGAGCUGGAGGAGAAGCAGUUUUCUAACCGUGGUGACAGAGGCUUCGGCAGCAGAAACAGAGGAGGAGGAGGAUCAAGAGGAGGAAGGGGUCGCAACUUUGGGGGAAACGGUGGCCGUAGUGGUGGCUUCAGGAAUGGCGGUGGCGGUGGUGGCUUUGGCAACAACAGAGGAGGACACAAACGCAGCUUCAGCCAAGCUUUUGAUUAUUGAAGUGCCAACCUGAGGACUGAAGAGACUGAGUGAUUUUUAUCUGCUGUCAGUGAGAGGGAUGGUCAGAGGAAAUCUGUACACUAUCUGAAUCCAGUACUCACAAUAUUAUUAUAUAUAUCAGACCCUGUCAAUCAACUCUUUCACUUCUCUAGAAUUAAAGUAACCAUCUGAUUGUUUGAGAAGUUAAAUAUAUUUCCAAGUAGCCGUGCCUGAAGGAACAUCAGAGCAGUAUCCUCACACAGAACCACUGGCAGCAGCUUUUGUAGGGUGUGAUGUUUAUACAAUUUGUUUGGCAUAUUAGUUAAAACUCUUGGAGUGACAUGUUCCUAGCUGCUGAAUAACACAAUCACAAUUCAGUUAUAUUUGAUCGAAUGGCACUGGACUAAAAGCUGUGGCCCUUUAACAAUGAGUACAUUUUCUAAUUUAUGCUAUGAUGUUAAAUGAAGCUGGAGUUUGUCAUCCAUGAGUUUUAACUAAUGUGUUUCUCUUUUUAUACCGGGUCUUUGGGGAAUGGUGGCAGCAAUCAUACUUGAGCUUUAGAGUAAAGAAACAGCACAAUGACCUGACCUAAUCGCUUGUAAACAUGCAACAGUCUACAUGAUUACAUAUCUGUACUGCAUGAUUUUGUAGACACUGUUGUAGAAGGUGCUGUAGUUCUGCCCCUCACCUACAGAGGGCAGUAACUGAACAGGUGUUUUACUUCUUGUAUGCUCAUUGUCUGAUUGCUGCCUUACCCUCUGCUGAAACCUCUCCCCAAAAAUAUAUUGGAUAAUUGCUUUGCAAUUGCCUCUAUUUAAUAACUGUGUCUACUUGCUUCCAUUCAUUUGAAUGAAAUGACUUCUUCAUUAAAAAAGGUCAACUCA